CCUCCCCUACGCACUACAUCUUCCGUCGGGCGUCGCGGCGCGCCCGCGGGCCGCCGGCGGAGACAUUUGCGAGGCGAGUGUCUCCAAGAUGGCGGCGUGGGGAAGGAGGCGCGCGGGCCCCGGCAGCACCAACAGCGGCGGCGGCCGGGACAGGGUGACCUUGUCCUCCACGGACUGUUACAUUGUGCACGAGAUCUACAACGGGGAGAACGCUCAGGACCAGUUUGAGUACGAGCUGGAGCAGGCACUGGAGGCGCAGUACAAGUACAUCGUGAUCGAGCCCACGCGCAUCGGGGACGAGACGGCGCGCUGGAUCACCGUGGGGAACUGCCUGCACAAGACGGCCGUGCUGGCGGGCACCACCUGCCUCUUCACCCCCCUGGCACUGCCAGUAGAUUAUUCUCACUACAUCUCCCUGCCCGCCGGAGUGCUGAGCGUGGCUUGCUGCACCCUCUACGGGAUCUCCUGGCAGUUUGAUCCCUGCUGCAAGUACCAGGUCGAGUACGAUGCCUAUAAACUUUCGCGCCUGCCCCUGCAUACGCUCACCUCGUCCACUCCCGUGGUGCUGGUGAGGAAGGACGACCUGCACAGAAAGAGACUGCACAACACGAUAGCACUCGCUGCCCUGGUGUACUGUGUAAAGAAGAUCUAUGAACUCUAUGCUGUAUGACUUCAGCAGGGAAGAGAGAAACCCACAAAGACAAGUGUAUUAAGACUCCCACAGUAACAUUUUGUUUUUCCUCUUUGAGAAGCGGUGGAGACUGGGAAGGAUUUGGUUUGAUAGAGCUGUUAUUUUUCAAAUAACACAUCACUGGUGCACCAAGGUUUUUCAGCUCUUCGUUACACUUGAGAUGUGGAUGUGUGGUGACUUGAGAUCCGUAUGUUAGGCCAGGGGAGUCCAAUCCAGCAGCAGAAUGUCAGUGAAAGAAAGCAAUAGAAAGAAGGGGUGUGAGAGCUGCUUUCUUUUUUUUCCUUUUUUUUUUUUUUUUGGGAAACAUUUAAGUAUAUUGUUUAAUUGUAUUACACAGAACCAGCCAGAAGUUAUCAUUGACCAUUAAAGGAUGAGAAUUUC